AUGUCGUACAAGGCCACGCGCCCUCUCGUUGCGCCGCCUGACGCCAACUCGAUACGAACAACAGUGGUUCCCGCCGCCGAAUUCCCCAACUGGCUGGCCAGCCAACGUGCGACCAUCAAUUGGCAACGCCACAAGAGCCAGAGCUACAAGAGCAAAGCUUUAAUCGAAGGUCAAGCCAAUCAACCGCCGAGUAGGUCUCCGUCGCAUUCGCAUUCCUCAUGAAAGUCGAACAGCGCGUUGCUCUCGAUGCCUAUGCUGACUGUGUUAUUGACUGUCCAUCUACCGCUGCUCCUGUCCACCCAGAUCCCGACACUCGUCUCAAAGGUCAACAUCGCAAAGUCAUGUUCGAACAAUACAUCUGCAAUUGGGCCGGAAGCCCAAGACCAGUGGCAGAAUCAAUGCGAAAGCGAAUUCGAAAGUCGUCGAUCAAAUGCGGCUGCAAGGCUGCGAUAACUGUGUCUUAUUACCGUGACAACCCCACGAUUUACCAUGUCGUGAUUACGCCCCAUAACAACCAUGAUCCUUACUCGUCCGAGUACCUCCUUCGCUCUCGACUCUCGGCUCCGAUUCAGCUUUGGCUUUCCGAGGUUGCUUCCAAGGGGCUCGAUUGGAGCACGCUGAAGUUAAUGCAACUAUCCGAAGAAGAGAUGAGGACUGUGAGUAGAUUUCGCAUCCCUACAAUGGCGUCAGGCAUUACAUGUAUCACUCCACUGACCCUGGCUUGUUGACUUCUUCGUUCGUAGAUCGGCGAUCUUGGCUCAUCUCCGACCGUACCGGAAAUACUUCGCGUCAGAUACAGGGACGUGUACAACAAGGUGCGACAGAACAUGCCCUCCCAAUCGCCCCGUGCCUCCGCUGCUCGAGAGAAUGUCAACGCCUGA